AUGGCAGAGAUUCUUGGGGUCGCGGCGUCAGCGACCCAGCUUGGUGUAGCAUGCUUUUCUCUGAUAGAUGUCAUGAGAAAGAUAAAAGGGGGUGCUUCGACGCUGAAACGAUAUCAUGAGCAGCUCCAAGAACUUCAGAGCAUUUCUACCAGCAUCUCUGAGAACCCCCUUCUUCAAACGCCUGAGAUUGGCACGCAGACUGAUGCUCUUCUUUUCAUAAUCAACAACAACUGUCUCAAUUCUUUGCUUCGCAAGGGACGGGUACUCCGAACCUGGGGCUUCUUGUAUAGAGAACAAGACCUUCUCGAUAUCUUUGUUAGGCUUGAGAGACAGAAGAGCAAUCUGUCCCUGGCAAUUGAGCAAAUACAGUCCAAAGCCUUGUAUCAGAUUCAGACCGACAUCCAAAUCAUGUCCGAGAAGAGGCCACUUAACUAUAGUUGCUCCCAAUCCUCUUCUGAAACCAUUGCAGGCCCUCUUGUUUCGCGCGAAAGUACAGAAACUACCCAUCCGCCAAGUGUCCCACGUAUCCCUCCUGAUCUCGAAUCUCUAUAUCUCUACGACCGCUACGAGCGAUCUUUCUUGUCGCUCACCAUGGCCACGAAUCCAUUUCCAAACCAGCAUCCCUAUUCCCAUACCAAGGCUUCGACCGGUUCUCCUGACGAUCAGUCUGCCUCCCAGCCCGAACAGCCAAGCGACCAUACCGACAGAUACAGCAUGGGAACACAUUACAUCAACGCAGUUGCAGGUCCAGGUCACGAUCAGUUCAACGGAGAUUUGUUCAAGGGCGAUGGCAAACUAUCUCAGGAAAUCCAAAAGAACAGGCCAGUACGAUCGAACACGACCCCGACGUUCCAUAAGGGACCUCGCAAAUACGGAGCUGGAAAUCAAUACAACGGCGGAAAGUACGUGUUCGAAGGGGACCCCACCGGUGCUACUGUGCCUGAUAUGAAUGGCUAUGUUUUCAUGAAUCCUUCAACGGCACCCUACCCUUCGGCUGACCCAGGUGAUGUUCGCUAUGGAGCCCAGUACAACGGUCAUGUUAUUAGCCAGAAGGGUGUUGAGGAUCAGGAAAAGCAGGAUUAA